UGUUAUUUUCUUCUUAUCUAAAUCCUACAUUUUUUUGAUUGAGUUAUAUCUGAGUAGCAAAUGAUUCGAUAACUGCAGCCCUGGCGGGUGUGUGCGUGAGAUGUUGUGUGGCGGACAUCACCGCCGAGGAUGAAAACUAGAAAGCAGACCUACUGACACACUGCUGAGAAAUCUGUGAAUAUGUGAUUAGAUGUCGCACGGAGGAAAAAGAGAGAGCACGUGAGACGCGCAACUUCACCCCCCCCUCCCUCCCCUCGACCUCACCCACUUCCCGCCCCCAACAUCAGCCCACGUAAGUCACACUUGGACUCCACUCCCGCUCGCUCACUAUGAACGCGUAGCGCUCGCGUCGCCCGUCCUCUCAGCUGGCACUUUUACGCGCAUGCAGUGAGCGAGCGGAGGAAUGGACUCCCGGCUGCCGAUCGGACCCGGCAUGCCCACGCCGGACCCUCCGUGGAACGUGAGCUCCAUCAGUCCGCCUCACCGGCUCAUGGAGCUGGUCCCGCUCUCCACAGCCGGCGCCGUGGCUCCGAGCCACCCGUUUCCAACGGUGGACGUCCCAGACCACGCGCACUACACCAUCGGGGUGGUCAUCCUCGUUGUGGGCAUCACGGGCAUCCUGGGAAACUUACUGGUCAUUUACGCUUUCUGCAGGAGCCGUAGCCUGCGCACGCCGUCCAACAUCUUCAUCAUCAACCUGGCCAUCACCGACUUCUUCAUGAGCAUGACGCAGGCGCCCAUCUUCUUUGUCAGCAGCAUGUACAAGAGGUGGAUCUUCGGCAAGAGAGGCUGCGAGUUGUACGCCUUCUGCGGCGCCCUUUUCGGCAUCUGCAGCAUGAUGACGCUGAUGGUGAUCGCGGUGGAUCGCUACGUGGUGAUCACGCGGCCGUUGGCCUCGCUGGGUUCCAUGUCUCGCAGGAAAGCGCUGAGCAUCGUGGCGGUGGCCUGGCUCUACUCCAUGGGCUGGAGUUUGCCGCCGUUCUUCGGCUGGAGCGCUUACGUCCCAGAGGGUCUCAUGACGUCCUGUUCGUGGGACUACAUGACGUUCACGCCGGCCGUGCGCUCCUACACCAUGCUGCUCUUCACCUUUGUCUUCUUCAUCCCGCUGUUUGUCAUCAUCUUCUGCUACUGCUGCAUCUUCAGGGCCAUCCGACACACCACUCGGGCCUUCGAGAAGAUCAACUGUGAGGGCUCCAGGGAGACUGCCAAGAGGUUCCGCAAGAUGAAGAGCGAGUGGAAGAUGGCCAAGAUCGCGCUGAUCGUUAUUCUGCUCUUCAUCAUUUCCUGGGCGCCCUACUCCUGCACCGCGCUCACCGCUUUCGCCGGGUACGCAGACCUGCUGACCCCGUACAUGACCUCCGUCCCGGCAGUGAUCGCCAAAGCGUCGGCCAUCCACAAUCCCAUCAUCUACGCAAUCACGCACCCCAAGUACAGGUCUGCGCUCAGCCGCUACGUGCCCUACAUGCGCGCGCUGCUGUGCGUGCGCGUGCGCGAGCGCUUCGGCAGCAGCAGCUUCCAGUCCACCCGCCGCUCCACGCUCACCAGCCAAUCGGAGAGCAACCGCCACUGCAAGCGCGCCCACUCCUCGCAGUCGGACAGCGAAUCAGCCCACCUAUCCGACAUCGAGGACGACGGCUCCUUCCGGGCGUCUGCCAACCCUCAGGUGUCGUGUGAUGUCAAACAUGGGCGACGGUCCAGCCAGAGGUUAAAGAGCGUGAUGGAAGCGGAGGACAUCUCCAUGUCGGACCUCUGUUUCCUGCCAAAGAGUCACCUCCCUGCCAGUCUAUGCCAAGCAGCGGACGAAUUUGGCCCUCGGCUCAUCCACAAGCCGACGCCCGCCGUCAUUGUCACCUCCAUUUCCAGCCCGUCCAUACUUCACAGCCCCCCAGGUUUCCAUGGCAACCACAGCAAAGGCUUCAGCCCCGUCGCUAAGGCGUCGCUGGACAUCGCCCGACUGGACGCGCCCUCUGCGACGGCGUGAGCAUCAUUGGACGGGUAGACGUGUGUGAUCCUUUUUUUCCACAAGCAGUAUGCCAACUGUUAGCAGUGCUAAUUUAAAGCGCCAGCAUGCACUCGUGUUCCAAAAAUGAGGCCUCAUCUAGCACAUCCUGGAUGAGUAGAUGACUUAAAUGUAGUUGGCGCACAAAAGGUUUUUGCACAGACCAAUUACAAAUAAGUCAGCCACAACCCAUUGGGGUGAUAUUAGCGCUUUUACAAUCUGCAAACUGCCAAUUUUUGGGGAGAUUUGGGGCUGAUUUUUGCCUUUUUCCUCCUAUACAUAUCAACACAAAAGAAAAAUGACAUUCAAACCUCCCCCACCAAAAUUAUAAAUGUUUUACCUAUUUUUAAGCAAAUCCUAAAGGACAAAUGUCCUGCCUGUAAAUUAUUUCUUUAUUGUUAAAUUAUUGUUUAUUGUUAAGAUAACCCCCCCCCCCCCCCUUACAAAAAAAAACUGGUCAUAAGGACUAAAUAUUUGAAUUGACAUCUGCCUCAAAAAAUCCAUGUUGGUUGGACCCUAUAAAUAAACCAGCAAUUGGGGAAAAAAAAUCCAGAGCAAGCACAGGUGCACGGAGUGUACAUGUCCUGUGAUGCAUGUGUGAAAAAUUCCAUCAGCCAUACAUGAUGAUCGCUUCUGGCACAGUUGAAAGAAACAGAAGGACUAAAAAUAAUCCAGUCUUUAAAAAAAAACAAAAAAAACAAUGUACAUGCACAAUUAAUAUAAUUGCUCCUCUUUCCCCUUUGUGAUGCCACGGAAGCACAGUGUUCUGAUUUUUUGAAUUUUUUACUAGAUUUAUUGCAUCCAAAAUAAUUUUGAAAAAUGCUCUCAUUCAUAAUGCUGACAAAAACAUCCGCUUCAUAAGAUAUUGUCACCAAGUGGGCUUUUCGCCAAUUUUAGUGACAUUCACAACUGUCAAGAAAGAGCAAGGUUUCUAUGAUUUGCAUUUGAAUGGCUCACACCUCUUUGCUCUUUCCGCAUUAGUUCCCAAUUUACGCACAGUGGCUGCUGUCUCAAGCCUGGAAGGAAGUACGUAUAUGCAUAGCAUUAACAAAAAAUGCACAAGAGAGGGAAGAUGGCCCAACAGGUAUAUUUAUUUUUCAGGUCAUUAUUUAGAAUCAAUUGCAAUUAAUUAAGUCAAAAAAAAGUGUUUAUACAUUUCUGAAUGUUAACAAUAAAUCAACCAAUAAUUUUAUGAGAUGAAUAACUAAAAAUUACAGAAAAUUAUAAAUACAUUCAGGGAA